AUGCUCUCACGACUUUACACACUCUUCCUGGUCACCUUCUUGGCCACGUUCAUCAUGGCUCUCUCACCUCGCGACGCGAUCCACCUCGAUGAGCUCGACCGCUACGACACGUUCCUGUCCAGCUUGACCGAUUCUCAGUUCCUGGACAUGUAUCUCGAGGACAACCAGGUGAAGAUUGACGUCUAUCAUCACCCCUCAAAUGAGAUUGCCCGUUCGGAAUCCUUCACUCCAAGCUCGAGUGCGACACAGUACUUUGCUCAAGAGUCAACCCGGGCAAACGAACUGGAAACACGCUCUGCUUCGGAAGACACCAAGGACGAUGCGGGCAUACAGUCCCGUGAUGCUGGAAGAGGAUGCGUCUCAUCUGGCACGGCUAUUGAAGGGGAUAUUGAUGGCCUUGAGCAACGCCUUUCUCGGUGCUACCAGUUCUGCGGCUCGAUUGCAAACUGCCGUGGAAACAACGGCUGCCCUCACUGCUAUGCUGUGAGACAGGGCUGUCUUUGGCAGAAAUGGUGCCGCUAG